AAAGCGACCCUCCCUUCGGCCAGACAUUUGGGCUCAAGACUCCCUUGCCAGACAUCUUUGCAAAAUAUUUUUUUCUCGAAACUCCAAAAUAUGCUUCCCACCACCCGCCGUGCUUUUCUCACAUCUGCCGCCCGCACUCUGCCGCGCGCGGCCAUUCUGUCUCGCUCCUAUACCAACACAUCCGUCUACACACGCUCCGACACCAUGUCGCAUGAGGAGCAUCUCAAGGCGCUGAUGGAGGAGCAAAAGUACCUGAUGGAUCUGCUCAAAACCGACGACACCUCGGCGCCCUGGACAAAGGACUCUGUCGAGAUGGUGAGUCGCGAGGUGCAGGAGGGCUUCCAUGAGCCCAAGACCUGGGUCCCCGAGGAGGUAUUCCAGCACUGAAAGUUUUCAAUUCUGCUCUUCUCUGUACAAAUAACAAAACUCCUUUCGCAUUCAUCCCUGCUCCACCCGAGGCGCCAUCCAGUCAUGGGUUUUGUUUGCGGCGUGCGUUGGACACGCAAUAUACCGUGAAUGUGGCCAGUGUUGCCCCACCACUCGAGAAAAAAAAUCACAUUGUGAGCUUUGCCGCCUUUUUGCAUCCGCUU